AUGAGUGAGACCCAAGAGCCUGCCGUGCUCGAGCCGACACCAAGCGAGCCGACGCUGGUGGACGGCGUGGCAGCGGACGAUAUCGUGCCGACGUCACUGCUCCCGCGUCUCCGCAAGAAAGGCUACAAGUUCUCAUCCUACGCCCGGGAGGACCACGGGAACGCCCUCUACUGCGUCACGUUCUGCGACGUCCUGCCCAUCUACGAGCGCAUGUUCGCGGUUGCAGGCGGCAAUCGAUUGACAGUGUACGAGUGUCUGGAGAACGGCGGGCUGGACGUGAUCCAAGUCUACUGCGAUGGUGACCAGGAGGAACAGUACUUUACAGCCGCGUGGACCGUGGACGUGCUCACGGGAUCGCCGCUGCUGGCGGCCGCAGGCUUCCGCGGCCACAUCAAGGUGAUCAACUGCAUCACGCAGUCGGUGGUGAUCGUGCUGUCCGGACAUGGUAACUCGGUGAACGAGCUCAAGUUCCACCCGGUUGACCCGAGUCUGCUGUUCUCGGCUGGCAAGGACGAGUCGAUUCGCCUGUGGAAUUCGCUCACCGGCGUGUGCGUGGCGAUUUUCGCUGGCCAUGUGGGCCACCGCGACGAUGUGCUGAGCCUGGAUGUGCACCUCAAGGGAUCGUGCUUUGUAUCUGCGGGCAUGGACAACACGGUCAAGAUCUGGGACCUGGAGGACGAGGUCGUCCAGACGGCGAUCAAGAAGUCGUACACUGAGCCUCGCCCGAAGGACCGUCCGUUUGACACCAAGUUCAUCCAGUUCCCAGCUUUCUGUACGAGCAAAGUGCACGCCGACUACGUGGACUGCGUGCGUAUGGUUGGCGACCUGAUCCUGUCCAAGUCGACGGGCAACAAGGUGAUCUUCUGGAAGCCCAACCCGUCGCGAGGCAAAGACGCCGUCACGGUGCUGCGCGAGUACCACUACAAGGACGCGGACUUGUGGUUCAUGAAGUUCGGGCUGGACUCGCAGCUGGAGGUCAUGGCGGUGGGCAACAAGAAGGGCGUCGUGAGCGUCUUCGACCUGGACGCCGAGGUGGAUCGCUCGACCUGCAAGUUGACGCACAACGCGUGCAAGAGCACGGUGCGCCAGGUGUGUUUCAGCAAGAGCGGCCGCACCAUUAUUACGUGCUCGGACGACGCGACGGUGUGGCGCUGGGACCUGCCCUAGUGAGUAGCGCCGGAACUACAUGUAACCAGGCAAUGCAAUUUUUGUAUUGACGCGGUC